ACGGGGGCUGGUUAGGCUCAAGCCAAAGGACUUCUCGUAUGUGGCUGGGACUGUAAGGGUACCAGUGACCAUGAGAUCACUGCAGCUUCUCAGAGCCCCUUUCCUGUGUGGCCUGCUCUGGGCCUUUUAUGCUCCACGUACCAGGGCUCAGGAGCUUGGGCCCGGUGCCCCCCAUCCCGGCAGCGUGGGCCUAGAUAAGAACACAGUGCAUGACCAAGAGCAUAUCAUGGAGCAUCUAGAAGGUGUCAUCAACAAACCAGAGGCAGAGAUGUCCCCACAAGAACUGCAGCUUCAUUAUUACAAAAUGCACGAUUAUGAUGGCAAUAAUUUGCUUGAUGGCUUAGAGCUCUCCACAGCCAUCACACAUGUCCAUAAGGAGGAGGGGAGUGAGCAGGCACCACCAAUGAGUGAAGAUGAACUAAUCAACAUAAUAACAGAUGGUGUGUUGAGAGAUGAUGACAAAAAUAAUGAUGGAUACAUUAACUAUGCUGAGUUUGCAAAAUCACUGCAGUAGAGGUUAUUUGGCUAUCUCCUAGUUAGAUGCAAAUGUGACCCGUGAUAAUGUGAUUGAACACUUCUGAUAAUGUAAAAUAAAGUAUUUCCAACUACUGCUACAGCA